UGAGCACCCAGCAAGGGGCUCACGUGACACUUCUUCUAUUUUCCCAUUCAUCAGGGGUGGACGGUGUUGUCUUUUCAAUUCAUUUAUCUGCAGGAAUGAUUGCGACUAUCAGUCUGGAGCUCACCGCCUGGCUGAGGAGGUGAAAGUUUCGCCACAGGAAGAUAAACCGCAAAAGACAAUAUUGUACAUGAUUUGCGUUUGCAGUCGAGGAGAGGGAGUGGAGAAAAUUCCUUUCCGCUAAAAAUAAAUAGAAAUCCAUGAUCAGAGUUUGUCAAACUCGCACUGAGUAAACUCACACAAAAAUCCUCCAAGCAAAAGCAGUGUUCAGAAUAUUUGCGCGUGCUUUUUGAUUUUCCUCGCAGUAGUUUCAGUUACAGACUGAAGAUGCUCUUGGAUGCAGGAUCCCAGUAUCCUACCAUAGGAGUGACUACGUUCGGCUCCUCCAGACAUCACUCAACCGGAGAAGUCACAGACAGAGAAGUGGCUUUGGGGAUAAAUCCCUUUGCUGAUGGGAUGGGCGCUUUUAAAAUCAACCACAGCACCCACGACCUGGGCUCUGGACAAACGGCGUUUUCCUCUCAAGCGCCAGGCUAUGCCGCUGCCCUGGGACACCAUCACCACCCCACCCAUGUCAGCUCCUAUUCCACCGCGGCUUUCAAUUCCACUCGGGACUUUCUGUUUCGAAAUCGGGGUUUCGGGGACGCUACGAGCGCACAGCACAGUCUCUUCGCCUCCGCAGCGGGAAGUUUUGCAGGGCCACAUGGACACUCGGAUGCAGCUGGGCACCUGCUUUUUCCGGGACUUCACGAGCAAGCGGCCACUCACGCGUCUUCCAAUGUUGUAAACAGUCAGAUGCGUCUGGGCUUUUCUGGGGACAUGUACGGUAGAGCCGAGCAGUACGGCCAUGUAACCAGCCCCAGGUCCGAUCAUUACGCUUCGACCCAGUUGCACGGAUAUGGCCCCAUGAACAUGAACAUGGCUGCACAUCACGGAGCAGGGGCCUUCUUUCGGUAUAUGAGGCAGCCAAUAAAGCAGGAACUCAUCUGCAAAUGGAUCGAACCAGAACAAUUGACAAACCCGAAAAAGUCCUGCAACAAAACUUUCAGCACGAUGCACGAGCUCGUUACACAUCUCACAGUGGAGCAUGUCGGGGGGCCAGAACAAUCGAAUCAUAUCUGUUUUUGGGAAGAGUGUCCUAGGGAAGGAAAACCCUUUAAAGCGAAGUACAAACUUGUAAAUCACAUCAGAGUGCACACCGGCGAAAAACCGUUCCCGUGCCCGUUUCCUGGCUGUGGGAAAGUAUUUGCUCGGUCGGAAAACCUCAAGAUCCAUAAAAGAACGCACACGGGUGAAAAGCCAUUUAAGUGUGAGUUUGAUGGCUGCGACAGACGGUUUGCGAACAGCAGCGAUCGUAAGAAACACAUGCACGUCCACACGUCUGACAAACCCUAUCUCUGCAAAAUGUGCGACAAAUCAUAUACCCAUCCCAGCUCUCUCCGAAAACACAUGAAGGUUCACGAGUCAUCAACACAAGGAUCACAACCGUCACCAGCGGCCAGCUCAGGGUACGAGUCAUCCACGCCACCAACAAUCGUAUCUCCGUCUACAGAAAACCAGAACAGCAGCUCCAUAUCCCCAGCAUCUUCAACAGUGCAUCACACGACAAGUCACAGCGCCCUGUCAUCAAAUUUUAAUGAAUGGUACGUGUAAAAUAUUUUUAAAAAGACUGCAGAAAUAGGACUGCUUGAAAUCAAAGACUUAAAAGCCAGCCUAUCAUUGUGGACCGAAAAAACAAGGAAGCCAAAUUUUUUGGUAAACGACGGUAUAUCCACGAAGUGAAAGCAAUGCUUGGACGAGGUACAUGGCCGACUGAGAAGUUAAAAUGUUUUUUUUUUUUUUUUUUUUUUUUUUUUUAAAGACUGCACACAUCUCGAAUUGCAUGCUAUCUGCGGGGCGCGGUCUGGUUUUGUACAUAAAGAUUUACUAGUUUAAAUAUGUAAUAUUUUAUUUUGUAAAUAGUUAUAUCACAGUUUAAGGGAAUUUGUGAAAAUGUGGUCCCUACAUUUAUGGAAAAUGAAAUGGUUUUAAAGAAUAAUGCGAUGAAUAGUCUUGAUUGAAAAGAGUGUUAUAGUUAAUGUGUACCAAAUGUGAAUUACUCAGUAUUACUACAGUCUACACGUCGACCUAACCGACUAUUAGUAUUAAUGUGCUUUUGUAUACAGUGCAAACAUUUCGUCUCAAGUCCAGUCUAAGUAGCACAGUAAAUUGUUGUUAAUGUCAUGUCGAUAAAUCGUAUAGUGAAAGCCUGAAACUCCGUGUCAAUCUGUUUAUGUACGAAGUGGUAAAAAGAUUAAACUAUCUGUUCAUUGCCUUGGUAAUUGCAAGAAAUGAAUAUAUGUAUAUAACUCAAUUUUCCAUAUUUAUCCGCAUGUAAAGGGCCGGUAUCACAUGUUAGAAAUGAUCGGUAUUUAUGGAGAAAUGCGUUCGUAUGUAAAAUUUAGUUUACACAAUUGUUUGGUUACUUUUCGUACAGUAUUAAAGACUUAAAAACAAAAUAAAAUGAAAUGAAUUCAAUAUUUUUUCCCCCUCAAAAACAGUUAUUCGUGAACCAAAUGCUUGCUUGGGAUUAAGGGAAGCAUAAAGAUACACAUUUGAUGGCUGGAAUUACAGAAAUCCCGUAUUAUAGGCCUACUUGUAUGGUUAUAAUUGAAUAUGUCUCUCACACGUUAGAACCUUGCUUUUCUUCUGAAUUUCACAGUCGAUAUAUACAUUUAACUUAUUGUUAGUUAUAUUGUAUUACUUAUUUUGUAUAAAUGUAAUAUUUUUGUUAGGGCCACUGUUGCCAGUAUUUCCGUAGACACACGUAGGUAGGCAGUUACUGAUUGGCGGUACAAAAUGUGAGAGACACGGGACUUUUGCAUUGUACAAGAACUCCUACAGCAAAAGCAUUAUAUGUUUAAUUUCAUUUGCGUUUGUACGGUUCUCUUGCUAAAUUGUGGGGGGCCAUUUUAUUGGAAAAUGUCUAAUCCAAUAAAUCUAGAAUAAUGUUAGGGUCAUUUGAUUUUUAUUUCUGUCCUUUAUGUAUCCACAAUCGACCUCAAAUUCAUUAGCUUACCCAUUGUAACACAGGAACAAAAAUAAAAAUGGGAAGGUUAUGGAAA